GCCGCGGACUGCCGCCCUCACUACAUGUAACACGCGAUGUCUGCCUCACUCGCGCCUUCCGACAACGGCUUACCAGUCGUCGACAACGAGACCCCACAGUCAGACCACGCAGUGAAACGCAACCAUAGCAAUGUUAACAUAGUCCGACCUCUCGUCAGGCCACCGGUGGACUCACGCACCGCUCUCAAUCCGAAGUUCUCUCGCGCGCUCGACUUUAAAUUGCGCCGGUUAAAAGAGAAAGAACUAUUGGAAGCAAAUCUACGUCGGCCGGUCAGACCUCGACACGGUAUGGGGGCGUUGGCCGCCUCGGAAUGCAACCUCCACCUCAGUCAAGACCGAGCUGAGCGGGAGAAGGCAAAGAAUCGCUCACAUCCACAUAUUAACUGUAUCCCUUCAAUGGAAAGAGUGAAAUUAUCACCGAGAAUGGAAGAUAGUCCGUCGCCGGAUCAAAAGAAGCGAAAUAAACAGAAUGAGCACGAUAAGCCGCGUUUUGUUACGACAGUUAAAACUGGACAGUUUCUCCUCCCUCCGCCGGAAGUUGCUUACCUUCUGGGAUUACACACUCUCUACCCUUCUCAAGAUAGAGAGAAGGUUGUUUAUUCAUAUGCCAGUAAACCGAAAGCUGUGACGACACGUCCAAAGCGAUCGGUCGCCGAAACUAAGGACAACAGGAUGACCAACGGCGGUCCUAAGGUUGAUGCUAGUAAAAAUGGAAUGAACCCCGGGGAGGCGUUCCGUGGGGUCCGUGCGUUAAUCGCCAGCGUCGCCGGAAUGAGACAUAUGGUUGAGAAGCAAGACAAAGUCGAAGAAGUGGGGCCACGAAAUCUGAUGCAUGACCGGCGUGUGGUGCGCGGAAGCACAUUCGCUCCGCAGACUGCGCACGCGCACGCUGCGGGCGAUGGUGCGAACAAAUCGCGGCGGCGCGCGCUUGCCCGGCGUGCAGCGCUGGCAAGGCUUCGACCCGGCACGCCACCGCCGGCUCCUGGCCGACGCCACUUGCCGGUGCAGACUGAGCACUACCUACAAGAGCUGUUUGAUAAAGGCGUGGAGCUGGAGGUAGGCGUGCAAACGGACCUGUUUGCUGACCGGCCCGCAACGCCCAUCUAUGUGCCCGCUAAGACCGGCGCGGACGCGCACACCCAGAUUUACCCUGGAGAUCUGUUCGACUUCGACUUGGAAGUGCAACCGAUCUUGGAGACGCUCGUGGGCAAGACGGCGGAGCAGGCGCUGGCGGAGGUGGCGCAGGAGGAGGAGCUGGCCACGCUACGCGAGCAGCAGCGCCGCUACCUCGAGUUGCGCGACGCCGAGCGCGCUGAACGCCAGCGGCUGCUCGCACAGGACAUACGCCUACAAGCUGAAAAGGAGCGUCGCGUGGGCGAGGCGCGACUGGCGCAGGUGGCAGCAGGCGAGGCGCGCGCGCGAGCUGCGGCGGCGGCGCUAGUGCAAGGCUACGUCGCCGAGCUGUUACCCAGCGUGCUGGCCGGACUGCGCUGUCACGGCUAUCUCAUCGAGAGGAUACAGACUGGCGUGAACGAAGAGGUAAUGCCGUGGCUGGUACAAGAGGUUUCGCUGGAGAUUGAAUCCAUUAUCACAAGCCGCGAUGUCAUCACAGGUAGGCACUGGCACUUACAUUCUGUUUAA